AUGGGCAACAUGGAACACGACGUGGAAGCACUCGGUGCGCCCGAACAAAGUUUAGAUCCGGCCGAUCAGUCCCAGGAUCCUCUUGCAGGCCGGGGGUUGGAAAGCUGCGAGUCUCACGACAAGCCUUUCAGUGGACAGUCCCGCCGUGAUGCUUACAUGGAGUGCACCACCGCUGCUGGUCAAUACCAUUGCUGGCACUGUCAUCCUGGCCAGACAGCCCAGACGCAAGACUCGUAUGCAUUUCGAGGAAUAGAGCUCGCUAGGCGUACUUCGUACAAGGCAUUCAACCAUCAUUCUGAUCUCGUGGCUGCCGAUAUGCGCAAGUUUCACAAGAAGUCAAAGUUGGGCUGCAAGCAGUGCAAAGCGAGGCGCGUAAAAUGCGAUGAGACACGUCCGGUGUGUCGCAAAUGCUCGCAUGCCAGCCUCGAGUGCUCAUUUAUACUCGAGAAAGCGACAAAAUGUCCAGCCGACGACGUUUCUACAGCCCCGACCAGCCGAGCGAACGUGGACGCAGUGCAAGCGACAACCGCAAAGGGCCAGCACACUAUCCUGAGCUCAUUGCCAGUCACGACGACUCUGGCCACGGCCCUACCUCCACCGCCAUAUACUUCGCUUGACGAGCGUUUCAGCGCAUUGCACCUUCGCCUGCUACGCCAUUUCGAGCAUGACUUCUAUCAACACCAGAGGAAGGUGCACCCAGGGCUGGAUGAGUUGUUAGCCCUCUUCGUCGAGACAGCUUGGACUACGCCAUACCUCCUGGACGAGCUCCUGGCAUACGCGGCGGCGCAUAAAAGCACCGUUGACAGAGUUAGCAACGGCUUUUAUCCGUACGAAGCCAAGAGGCUACAAACUCGAGCUCUUACGUUGUAUAACAGCGAGCGCCCCAUCCUGUGCGAUGAGACAUGCCUACCAAUGUUCCUCUUUUCGGGGCUGUUGAGUCACCACACCAUGUUUGAGGUGCGCAUCGAAGGACUGCAUGACCUCCGGUUGGCCGUUGAUGCCCUCACGCAAUCUAUCGAGAUCCACCGCGGGCUUCAUGCUAUAGCUCGGUCGGCGUGGCCUAUGUUCUCGGAGCAAGACCAGCAAAGAUUCACCCGCAGCUGCCAAAGGGAGAUACCGGACGUUAGUGGCGGUCCGCGUUCCCGGGACGAGUGCAAUACCCUCCUGGAUCAUCUGGAUCAGGCUCAUCUGGAACCGGUAUGCAAGUCCAUGUGUCGGAGCGCGGUAGAAGACCUCCAGGACAGGUUCGACUCGCUUUCCCUGAGCGAUACACAUACGACGUGGGCCGCCAUCCAAGAUUGGCUCGUUGCAGUACCAGUGGGAUACGUCGAGCUCCUCAAGCACAUGCAACCAGAGGCGCUGGUAGUUCUCGCCCAUUUCGCUGUUCUCCUGCACUAUGGCGCAGAACAUUGGUUCAUCGCGGACCUGGGUGCGCGCUUGGUCCAGCUCGUGAACGGCCAUCUGGGACCGCAUUGGGAAACAUGGCUCGAAUGGCCAAUCCGCGCUACAGCAAACGAUCCGAACCCUUAUAGGAGCAAAUAUUAG